AUGACCUGGCAGGGGUACGACGUGACGUUGCUGGAGGCGGGGCGGCAGCCGGGCGGGCUGGUGGCGGGUUGGCGGAGCGACAAGGGGAAGCCCGUGGAGGUGGGCAUUCACGGCUUCUGGUACCCCUACAGGAACAUCUUCGCUCUGACGGACGAGCUGGGCUUAAAGCCCUUCACAGACUGGACGCGCUCAGCGCAGUACUCGCCUGCCGGCUUGGAGGUGGAGUCGCCAAUCUUCCAGGACCUGCCCAGAUUGCCGUCCCCUCUGGGAACAUUUGUCUGGACACAGUUCAAGCGCCUGCCUCUGGCGGACAGGCUGUCAGCGCUCGCCCUCAUGUACGCCAUGGUUGAUUUUGACAACAGUGAUGACGCGUGGCGCCGAUACGACAGACUGACGGCCAGGGAGUUGUUCAAGCAGUAUGGGUGCACGGACCGGGUUUACCGAGAGGCAUUCAACCCCAUGCUGUUGGUGGGGCUGUUCGCUCCAGGCGAGCAGUGCAGCGCUGCUGCUACUUUGGGAAUGCUCUAUUACUUCAUUCUCGCGCAUCAGGCCGACUUUGAUGUGGUGUGGUGCCGGGGCACAGUAGGCGAGACCAUCUUCGCCCCCUGGAUCCAAACCAUGGAAGCUUCUGGGAACUUCCGCUUCCUGCCCAACCGACGCGUCACAGACAUUGCAACGGCUGAGGACGAUCCGGACAGAGUCACAGCGGUGGUGUGCGGUGACGAGGUGUUUGCGGCGGAAGCAGUGGUGUCAGCAGUGGGCAUCUCAGGCCUCAAAAACAUUGUCGCUUCGAGCCCAGCGCUGUCCAGCAGGAAGGAGUUUCUGGGCGUGGCGAACCUGGGUGCAAUUGAUGUGCUGGCAGUGCGGUUGUGGCUCGACAGGAAGAUCACCAUCCCCAAGCCAUCCAACGCGUGUUCCGGUUUUGACGAGACAACAGGGUGGACCUUCUUUGAUCUCAACGCCAUUCACGAUGAGUACAAGGACGAGCCCUGCACCGUCGUUGAAGCAGACUUUUACCACGCGAAUCAGUACCUGCCCAUGUCAGACGAGGCAAUAGUGGCAACGGUCAUGCGCUACCUCGCCACGUGCCUCCCUGCCUUCGCCUCUGCCCAAGUCACCGACAGUGCUGUCGUGCGCUUCCCCAGAGCCGUCACCCACUUCUCCCCAGGCUCCUAUCAGCACCUGUUGCCAGCCACCACCAGCUUCACCAAUCUCUUCAUGGCCGGGGACUGGAUCAUCACUUGCCAUGGCUCGUGGUCGCAG